GGGUGGAGCCGGGACCGCAGCGCCUGCUGCCCGCUAGCUCCGGGUUGAAGCAGAGGCUGCCGCUUGAGGCUCGGGGACGCGAAGAGGGUGCUUUGCGAGGCUCCGGCCUCCGGGCUGCUACUAUCCUCCGGAGCCUGGGGCUGCAGUGCUCAGGGUCCGGGUCCCAGAUCCUGCGUCCCUCUGGUCAGAGAUCGCUCUCUUUCUCCUCCCGGGAGAAGGCACUGUGCUGCACCAGUCACCCCAGGCUAGAGCCCCUCCGGGCCAUGGAGAGGGGCCCGUGAGGGGACGCGCGGAGGCGGAGGAAGAGGCUCGGGAGAAGGGGGGCCGAGGAGCAGGGCGCGGAGGAGGAGGAGGAUGCCGCCGCCACCGCCACCGCCACCCGCGGGCUCUCAAUGAGCCUGACUCUAGACCAAGGAUGGAGCCGGCGCUGUGCGCUGCAGGGGCUCCCAGCGUGCCCGCCACCAGGUAGCUGUCGUGCAUGCUGCACAUGGUUGAAAGAAGACCCUUGUCCCCAGCUGUCCCUUUGGAGCUACCUUCUCCACCCGAAGGCCUGGGUGACCCGCCUGCAUCGCAGGACCAGUUGAAUUCUGAAAGCUGCUGGCCACAGGCCUGAGGUGCAGAUCACUGCACUUCCUGGACAGGUUGGAUUUGAGACACUGGCAGCCGAGUCUCCACUGGGCAGCAGUCCUUUUUCGACCCUGUGCCUUGGAGCAGCAGCCCCAUGACGGUGCCCAGCCAUGCAAUGUUCCUGGAAGGCUGUCCUCCUCCUUGCCCUGGCCUCCAUUGCCAUCCAGUACACAGCCAUCCGCACGUUCACUGCCAAGUCUUUCCAUACUUGCCCUGGACUGACAGAGACUGGACUGGCAGAGCGGUUGUGUGAGGAGGGCCCCACCUUCUCCUAUAACCUCUCCAGGAAGACUCACGUCCUCAUCCUGGCCACCACACGCAGUGGCUCAUCCUUUGUGGGCCAGCUCUUCAACCAGCACAUGGAUGUCUUCUACCUGUUCGAGCCUCUCUACCACGUCCAGAACACUCUCAUUCCCCGCUUCACCCAGGGCAAGAGCCCGGCAGAUCGUAGGGUCAUGCUUGGGGCCAGCCGGGACCUGCUGAGGAGCCUUUAUGACUGUGAUCUCUACUUUCUAGAGAAUUACAUCAAGCCGCCACCCGUCAACCACACCACUGACAGGGUGUUCCGCCGAGGAGCUAGCAGGGUCCUUUGUUCCCGUCCAGUGUGCGACCCUCCAGGGUCCCCUGAUCUGGUCUUAGAGGAAGGGGAUUGUGUGCGCAAGUGCGGCCUUCUGAACCUGACCUUGGCAGCUGAAGCCUGUCGUGAGCGCAGCCACGUGGCCAUCAAGACUGUACGGGUGCCUGAGGUGAAUGACCUUCGAGCCCUGGUGGAAGACCCCAGGCUGAACCUCAAGGUCAUCCAGCUGGUACGAGACCCUCGUGGCAUCUUAGCUUCCCGGAGUGAGACCUUCCGGGACACCUACCGACUCUGGCGGCUUUGGUACGGCACAGGAAGGAAACCCUACAACCUGGAUGUGACACAGCUCACCACAGUGUGCGAGGAUUUCUCCAGCUCCGUGUCCACCGGCCUGAUGCGGCCCUCCUGGCUCAAGGGCAAGUACAUGCUAGUGCGCUAUGAGGACCUGGCCAGAAACCCCAUGAAGAAGACAGAGGAGAUCUACGAAUUCCUGGGUAUACCGCUGGACGGUCACGUGGCGCGCUGGAUCCAGAACAAUACAAGGGGCGACCCCACUUUGGGCAAGCACAAGUAUGGCACAGUGCGCAACUCUGCGGCCACAGCUGAGAAGUGGCGCUUCCGCCUCUCCUAUGACAUUGUGGCCUUCGCCCAGAAUGCCUGCCAGCAGGUGCUGGCCCAGCUGGGCUACAAAAUGGCCAACACGGAGGAGGAGCUGAAGAACCCGGCCAUCAGCUUAGUGGAGGAGCGCGAUUUCCGACCAUUCUUGUGACCCGAGUGUGGUGGGGGUGGGAGGCAGGUGGCUCUGGUUUUGCUGAUGUGGACCUGCUAUGGACGGUUUUUUAAAACUGUUGCCUUAUCUCCCUCCUCCCUCUCCCACCCUGUCUGUGUGUCCUUCCCACCUCUGCCCACUCUCCUCCCUCCAGCCUUUCCCUGUCUGUGUGUCCUUCCCAUCCCUGCCCACUCCCCUCCCUCCUGCCUUUCCCACCCUGUCUGUGUGUCCUUCCCACCUCUGCCCACUCCCCUCCCUCCAGCCUUUCCCACCCUGUCUGUGUGUCCUUCCCACCCAUGCCCACUCCCCUCCCUCCUGCCUCUUUGACCCUGAAAUUUGCACUAUGUCUUAGAGGGGACUCACUGGGACAGAGGAUGUUGAAUCCUUCUAUAGAUGGGGACAGUGUUUACAGGCACCCACUCACACAGUCACACGUAGGCACAGGCAUACAAGGAGAGGCUCUCCAGCACACAACUUCCACCUUCUGCAACUGUCUUCUCAUUGUAAGGGAUGGAUACAAAGGGACCAGCUCUCCCAGUUUAGGAAAAGUGAUCACCCCUCCCCCAUCCCUGCUUCCUGCCCCAGAUUCCCACUCCCUCUCAUGGGGCACCUGUCCCUCCUGCGCACCUUUGCCUGGUGGUGAGCAGGGUUUUACUGUGAGGUGAACCGGGACUACUUCCUUUCUCUCUGGUUUGUGAUGAGCUUGUCUGUCUGAGUCUUGUGGCAACCCCUGGAUUAGUAAUGGCUAAUGAAUCUUAGAAGUUUCUGAUUGAUCCUGGGGUCUCUCUGUGAUAUUUCUUUGUGAAAAAAAAAAAACGACAAAAAAUGUGGAUCAGUUUGCUAGAUGAAAAUUGAAAUGCUUUAAUUGUGUUUUCUGUAAAUAAAAGUGUGCAGUACUGUCUGAGUGUGA